AACUGCGACCAGUCGUUUUCCCAUUGUCAACGGAACCGGGUUGCACUACCGGCAGCAGCGGCAGUAGCACUUGGCUCCAGUCGUGUACCCAGUACAGAUCGAAACGCGCGUCGAAGUUCGUUGCACGCGGAAUGGUGCCGGCCACACUGCGGCCCACUGAAGCCAUUCGUACGCGCUGCAUACGGGGCAUGUUUGCACGGUUGCUGUUACGGCCCCAUGCUUACCUUGCCGGGUGCAUUCCUUCCGGAUGAUUGUGAAACAGCAGUGAGCUGGCUAGCGAUAUAGAGCGUGUAAUAGUGUACGGUGGCAUUUGGAAUUGGUAGAGGAAUUUUCGAUUACCGGUCUGUAACGGCCGACGCUUGUUGUACUCCCGCUGUACAUGGUGAUGCAUUAGCAUUGCAAGAUCGCUGAUCGAACUGCUGCCGUCAGUGUGUGAGGGGUGUUUACGAAUUCCAGUUGGUCACCGGUGGCUGUAUGGGAAAGCGGUUUGGGUAAGAAGCGGUUUGGUGCAUGCUGACCAACACGAUCGAUGUUGCAGGUUAGCGGCUGGUGCAAAGCGUCUCCGUGCAAAACAAAACAGUGUAUCAUUCCGUCCGCGAAGUUCCAACAAAGUUUCUUCCAGUAACCGCACACAAUGAACGGUAAUUGACCGUUAUCGAAGGUCCCGGCGGGAUCGCACCAUACAGCGUUACUGUGCCACGUGUGUAUGUGUUUAUGUAUGUGAGUGUGUGUGUGUGUUUGUGCAAAGUGUUUGUGUGUGUGUUUUAUUGCAUUUUCCUAUGUUGGAAGAUACAUGUGCGGCUAUGGGUCGUUAGCGUUAUUUUUCUCCCUCUCCACUCCAUUUCUGGCCUGCCUUCUGGUGCGUAUAUGUUGUGAACGGAAAAUGAAGAGAUAAUUAGCGAGUGCGCUGCACCUGCAACGUGAUCACAUAUCCACAUACAUACACAAAUACAUACAUACAGAGAUCGUUUGCCCGCCACCCACGCCACCGGGUUGAGUGUCGACUGGGUACUAGGGUCACCGUUUUGUGCCGGCUUCGUCCAUCGUCCGUAAUGGCCAUUUCGUGAUCAUUGGCCGUGCAAACCGUCCGCACCGCAGGAAUAAAAAUAAACACUAAACGAGCCGUGGGGAUGCAGUUUGGACGGCAUUGCACUACCUGCCAGCGAGCGUGAGUGAAGCAGCAGGCGGCCGGCAAAAGAAGGAAGCAGCAACCGUCGCAUCGACUACGCAACCAACGUGAGCUACAGCGGAAUAAAAAAAACCUCCAAACAAACCCAUUAGGAAAUGUUUUUGGAAUGGUGUAAAAGGUAAAUGAAUUUCAAAACUGGAUAGAAGAAAGUUCAAGCAACACUGCUAACUAAGCACAACCAUGAAGGAGGAUAAUGCAACGUCAUUCUUUCUCCUGGGAGAGUACGACUCAUUAACGGACCAAAAUGUGUCCCAGCUUGGCAAUUACCUGGAGAACAGCGACCCCAACCAAACGUUUAUGGGUAAUUUUACCUGUCCGCCCACGGACAUGCCAACGACCUACUAUCUGUUCAUGUUCCUGUACGCGGUCGUCUGCCUGGUCGGUGUGCUGGGUAACACGCUCGUCAUCUACGUGGUGCUCCGGUUUUCCAACAUGCAAACUGUCACCAACAUGUACAUACUGAAUCUAGCGAUCGCGGACGAAUGCUUCCUGAUUGGCAUACCGUUCCUGAUCGCUACGAUGCACAUGAAGCGCUGGACGCUUGGGGGCGCUAUGUGUAAAGCGUACAUGGUGAGCACCUCCGUCACACAGUUCACGUCGUCCAUCUUCCUGUUCAUCAUGUCCGCCGAUCGAUACAUUGCCAUCUGCCAUCACAUCUCCUCGCCCAAGUACCGGACGCCGCUGGUGUCGCGCAUCGUAUCGCUGUUGGCUUGGCUUGCGUCUGCGUUGAUCAUGCUGCCGAUCAUGAUCUAUGCCGACGUGAUAGAACAAAAACCGAACACAUACUCGUGCCAGAUACUGUGGCCUGAAACGCAUGGCCAUCUGCCUGGGUACACGUUCACACUGUACUCGCUAAUACUGGGCUUCGUGAUUCCGCUCUGCUUUAUCAUGACCUUCUACUGUCUGGUGAUCCGCAAGCUGCGAAACGUAGGUCCUAAAACGACGGGAAAAUCGCGUGGCAAGCGGCGCUCGCAUCGAAAGGUAACCAAGCUGGUGCUGACCGUCAUCACCGUUUACAUCCUGUGCUGGCUACCGUACUGGAUAUCGCAGGUCGCCCUGAUUACGUCCGACUUCGAGACGUGUAGUACGCGGUUGGAUUUGAUCCUGUUUCUGCUGGUGGGUUGUCUUGGGUACAUCAACUCCGCCAUCAAUCCGAUCCUGUACGCAUAUCUGAGUGAGAACUUUAAGAAGAGCUUCCUGAAGGCUUGCACGUGCGCGGCGCGGGCCGAGGUAAACGCACAGCUGAAGCUAGAGAACAGCGUGAUGCCCAAGCGCUCACGCACCCGUACCAACUCGGAUACGACGCAGCUAACUACCGGCUCGAAGGUGCAGCACCGGUUGCUCGUGGAACCGACAACGACCGCUACCACCACCACGACGGCGGCAUCCUGCGUAUCGUCCCGAAAUCCCAGCCCUCCGCCCGCCCAAACCCAGCGGAACAACAACCAUCUCCUUACCGUACCUGGAACACCUGCCUGUGCAUCAUCCAAUGGUGGUAGCAACCAUAGUAACAAUAAUAACGAUACCAAUACGACCGGUACGAACGCCACGGCCAGAAGUCAACUGCACGCUGCCAAUGGUGGCAACACUAGCAGUGGGAAAGGUGAUUACAUGUCCGAUUCCUGUGACGGUAAUGAAGCGUUGAGUGUGCCGUGCGGGAACGGUUUGGAGGAGCAGCUAGUCAAACUAACGUAACUCGUACAAGUGGUUGGUAAUGGAUCCUAGGGCAUUAAGGACACUGGUGUGUUCUUUCGAGCUAAAUCAAUUUUUUGUCAAAAAUAUUAAGUAAAAUGUAGUUUAAAGUCGGGUUGGAGUAUGAAACAGAUUUCACUAAGCUGACACAGCUAUACUCUAGAGUACGAACGAAACCAGAAUCGAAAGCGUUACAACUCUUGUGUUGUAUAAACAUUGCCAAAAUUGAAGUAGUUAAACAGUAAAAGUCAUACCAAGGGAUAAUCGCACGAAGGCAACAGGGGAAGUAAGCAAAACUUAUUUAUGUGAUAAAUUAAUGUUAACGAUGUCACAAACCGUGGGGAAGCAUGUAUGUGUUUUUGUACUGGCGUAAAGCAUCCGGUGCGGUCCAAUCGGCCUGGUCGAUCACGGUAAGAUCGCUCGUGUUAAUCUCUUUGGUUGCGCUCAACAGACUUUCUGCACCGCAUUGCCACCACUGCAGUCGAUCGCGUACGUGAUCGCGCGUGAAACGAUGGCAGUGAGCCAACACGCGCUCCAAAAGUAUCCAUCGUGUGAUGGAAUUUGGAUUCCAUAUAUUCUACCGCAUUCACACAGACACACACACACACAUAUAUAUUCACACACAACCAAUCCAUGCAAAUAAACACGCAUGAUUCCUUUGGGAGUAAUAUUUGAUGGAUGACAUUUCGUGCAACAUGCACCAUCACGGCGUGCGACUGCAGACCUGGGAAUCUGGGACGGAAUUCGGUAACAAAAAAAAACCUGAGCUCACGAGUUCCGUACCACAACACGCACUGGCACGCGGAAAGAAAGCAAACAAACUACGGCAAUGAACAUCUUUCGAACUUAUAGCACUUACAGACAUAAAUUACGAGUCCGAUUAUGGAUAUGAUGAUGGUGAUGUAGUUGUUGAUGCUGAUGAUGAUGGUGUUCACAUACAGUUGAGUGCCUUUGGUAGCACGUGAAAUAUUUAUCGCUUUUAUAAAUCGGGGUCGAGUGGGCUUAAGCAAUGCGGAUUUGUUUAAUUUAUUGAUCGUGAUAGAUUUUUGUAACGGAUGGUUCCCAUUGCCCGUUGCCUUUUGUUUUUCCUCUUCUACUCAUCACAAACUUCAAAUCGCCCUAGCGAACUUCGUACCCAUACAUUCUCGGUUCGUUAUGUUAGCGUGCGAUAGGGGUGCGAUGGUGUUUCGAUUAAAAUUGUUUGAUUGAGUUGUUGCUUGCUUGCGCAUGGGACGGAAGGCAGAAACGAUAUGCACGGAGGUACGAUCGAAUGCAUUCAUCAUCGGAAUUCAUCGCGUUCGGUUAAUGGAGGUUUGUUUGUGCGGAAUUCCGAUUUACAGCAACAGCACAAAAAAGACAUUAGUUUUCCCUUUGGCUAUCGUCCAGGGGAGGAAAGAGGGGGGAAGGGAACUAUGCGGAUGGUCCAAUCGGUUAGGAGAAACAGAGGGAGCGAACAGGGAGAAAGACGGGCUGCUUUGACAGCUGGAAUGUUUCAUUUGGUAUGUUUACAGCCGCUGGAAUAUAUUAAUCAACGAACGGCUAUAGUUUAACAAACCGUGGUGGUAGAUCAAUUAAGCUAGUGCAUCACCAUAUUUCAUCACAAACACGACACAUACUGUAGGUGAGGAGCCGAUGUUCAAAAGAUGUUGCCCGUGAGGUUGUCGAGCGCAUUCGAAGAGAUUUAAAAUCGGCAAAUAAUACACAUUUGAUUCUCCCAGUGGAAAAGGCAGAAAGGCAUCAGUGCUAAUGGAGGUUAGAUGUAAAUUUAAUAGCCAAUAUUCCCUCAACGCCCUGCAGGAUAAACAUACGUCGAAGCCCAACGAAUAGGUUUUUACAGCUCUUACGACUACUAAUGGCAUAGUAUAGUGAUGAAAGGUGUAGCACAAUGAUAAUAGCAAACUGUUGCAGUCGCAGGAUGGUUUUUAAACGACAAAAUCCCGAACCCCGCAAACAUUGCUUCGUACGUUGUGAUCCAGAUUUUAUCGGGAGUAUGGUACGAAAUAUGAGACAACAGAGCUAAAGCUAAAGAUACAAUAAAAUAUGUUUUUUUGUACGUGAAUCGAGCGAUUAAUGUGUAAAACUUGCCGAACUGGGCAGGGGGUAACGGGCUAGGCAAAAUUGUUCGAAUUGUAGUUCUCUUAAAAAAACGAAACGAAUCAAUUUUCCCUUCCUUAUGGAAACAAUAUCAAACGUCUGUACCGAAUUUAAUACUAUUUCAUUAAAUGGAAUAAACGCUGUAAUAAAGACGUAACCAAAUUCACACAUAA